UGUCGCAGCCUGAGGAGCCGCGAUGCCCGCGCUGCGGCGGUGCUACGCCCCCUGCCGGCGCCGCGCGACGCUGCCCGUGCUGGCGGCAGCGGGCGCCGUGUCCGCGCUCGCCCUGCUGGUGUACACGUGGGCCGGCUGCCCCGACUGCGCUCCCAGCGUCGCCCGGCCCGAACCGCGGGUCCUCACAUCCCCCGGGUCCCGCCCCCCUCCGAGGCCCCCGACGGAGAGAGCUACAGAUGCACCCCUGGCAGUGAACCACAAUGUGCACGUGUUCUACUACGCGUGGUACGGCAGCGUGGCGGUGGACGGGGAGUGGCGGCACUGGGACCACCCGUACCUGCCGAACUGGCGGCGUGAGGACAAGCGCAUGUACCCCACGAGUGCACAUGAGCCCCCGGGCGACAUCAGCUCCAACUACUACCCGGCACUGGGCUGCUACAGCUCCCGUGACCCCGCCAUCAUACGUGCCCACAUGCAGCAGCUCAAAGAUUCUGGCGUGGGCACGCUGGUGGUGUCGUGGUACCCGCCCGGCAUGGCCGACCCGGAGGGCAGCCCCCCUGACGCAGUGCUCCCCGAGCUGCUGGACGCCGCGCACGCCCACGGCCUAAAGGUGGCCGUGCACGUGGAGCCGUACCGCGGCCGCAGCCCCGCGAGCCUCGCCGAGCAGGUGCGCUACCUGGUGCUGCAGUACGGCACGCACCCCGCGCUGCUGCGCAUGGCCCGCGGCCCGCGCAGCCUGCCGGUGCUGUACGUGUACGACUCGUACCUGUUGCCGGCGGCCGCGUGGCGCGAGCUGCUCUCCCCCCGGGGAAACCUCAGCCUGCGCGGCACGCCCUUCGACGCCGUGUUCCUGGCGCUGCUCGUGGACGUGCGGCACAAGUACGAAGUCAAGCAGGCGCACUUUGACGGCUUCUACACGUACUUCGCGAGCGACGGGUUCACGUACGGCUCGACGUGGAAGAACUGGCGCGGGCUGGGCAAGUUCGCGCGGCAGCACGACCUGCUGUUCGUGCCGUCGGUGGGGCCCGGCUACGUGGACACCCAGGUGCGGCCGUGGAACGCCGGAAGCACGCGCCACCGCCAGCGCGGCCGCUACUACGGGGCGGCCUGGCGCAGCGCCCUGGCCGCGCGUGCCCGCAUCAUCAGCAUCACCUCCUUCAACGAGUGGCACGAGGGGACGCAGAUCGAGCCCGCCGUGCCGCGACCGAACUACCUCGACUACGAGCCGGAGGGAGCCCUCUUCUACCUCAACCUCACGCGGUCGUGGGUGCGAGAGUUCAGCCGCAAGUGAACACCUCCAUGUGUGUUGCUCCACGUGUGUUCUCGUUUGGAGUUCAGGGUCACGAUAUCAGCCACGUGAUAAAAUUAGAAACCUAACCAUUUGUGCGUUUGGAGUCAUUAUUUUCUGAGGCAUUGAUACUUAGAUGGCACAGCGGCAGAGGAGGAUGAUAUACUCUGGAAGGUGCAUGAGGUGGAAAUGUGGAAAAAACAAACAGAGACACAAAGGGAAAGAGUGGAGGAGUGUGUAUAGGGAAGGACUAGACCAAAGUGAAGCCUGAGAAAUAGUGGGAAGACAAGCAGAGUUGGAGAGGCUCAUGUUUCAAACAGUGGCUGGAAACUGCAAAUGAUGAUGGUGAUGAUGAUGUUUUACUGAGCUGAACAAGCUCACUCGGCGCAUACCUCAGUCGGGCAGGCAGACCUGUAGUUUUCAACUUUCAUCUCAAGCAACACUGUUACACAACGUUCAAAUAUUCACCCGCUAAAUAAGGAAACACUCAAAUUGCAACUAGUCAAAAUGACAGUAUUUUUCUUCAGAAAACAUUGCCAGAGUGUUUAUUUCACGUGUGAUACUUCACCUGCAACCUCAAAUUUUCGGAUUGUUUGUGUUGAACACAAUUAAUUUAUAUUGUUGAAUGUGUCAUUCUAACCUUGGAUUGCUUUAUUUCUGGCUAAACCACUAGCAAAUAUCUAUAUUCAUACUCAAAAACAGUAUUUAAUUUGGGGGGGGGGGGGGGGGGGAUAUUUUGGAAAUGUUAGGUGAGGUGGUCACCUGAGCACGCUAUAGUUGGUCAAAGUUUGAGUGAGUGAAGCACAAUACAAACACUGCUUUGAGUUGGUGUGAAGGGGUAAUACUUGCAUUGACCAAUGGCCAAAGAUAAAAAUAAGGGCAUUCGUUGUUUGGAUCUGAACCAAAUAUUUAUUGGCUGUGACAUUUUUGUAUGAUGUAUUAAUUAGUUCUUCUGUUAUUUUUUUUUAAAACUCUUGAUAUCUUUUUUAAAAAUGAAAGGGUAUUUAAUGAAAUACAAAUUUGUACAAUGUCACUAUUGUGUGUGAAUGUGUAAUAAAGUUAAUUGAUAACAAA